AUGACUGAUCAAUCGGCUUUGAAGCCUCAUGUUCCGACGUAUGGACCAUGUUCAAUACGAGAUUUAAAACCAGGUGAAGUUAAAUUAUGGUGUACAUGUGGAUUAAGUAAAAAUCAACCAUGGUGUGAUGGUUCACAUAAAGGUACAUCUUUUCGUCCACUUAAAUGGACAGUACCAGAACAUAAUCAAACGGUAUAUUUAAUAUGUGCAUGUAAAUAUACACGAUGUCCACCUAUUUGUGAUGCAACUCAUAUUAGUUUAACAAGUACAAUUAAAAAUCAAAUUGAAAAUUGUCCAUUAAAACAAGAACAUUCUAAUAUUGGUGAUAAAAAACUUUGUCAACAAUGUGGUUUUGUACCAGAUUGGUAA